AUGGCCAUUUAUCCAGCGAGGCUUCGACUCAUGAUGAGGAAGGCAAAGCAACGAGGUGGGUCCUUUUCUGAUGAUGAUGAGGAGGAGAAUGAUUAUAUAAAGGAGUUCGAUGAAGGAGUUGGACAGUCUGCCACUGAGACUGCCCAGAAUAGAUAUCUUAUAGGAACUGCUAGCGAUAGCGAUGAUUCUGAUGAUCAAAAGCGUGUGGUUAGGUCGGCUAAGGACAAACGUUUUGUAGAGAAGUUGGCAACUGUUGAUCAAAUGAAGAAUGCUAUGAAAAUUAACGAUUGGGUGAGCUUGCAAGAUAGCUUUAAUAAGGUAAAUAAGCAACUUGAGAAAGUUAUGAGGAUUAUGGAGUCUGAGAAGGCCCCUACCCUUUAA